GCGGAGUGGACAGCGGAGGGCGGCCGGGCCCGCGGCCCUGCGGCCACCAUGAAGCUGACACGAAAGAUGGUCCUGUCCCGAGCCAAGGCUUCGGAGCUGCACAACGUGCGGAAGCUCAACUGCUGGGGCAGCCAGCUCACAGAUAUUUCCAUAUGCCGGGAGAUGCCCAGCCUGGAGGUGAUCACACUCAGCGUCAACAGCGUCUCCACCCUGGAACCUGUGCGCGGCUGCCGCCGCCUGAGUGAGCUGUACCUGAGGAGGAACCACAUCCCCACUCUGAAUGAGCUGUUCUACCUAAAGGACCUGCCACACCUCAGGGUGCUCUGGCUGGCUGAGAACCCGUGCUGUGGCACCAGCCCGCACCGUUACCGCAUGACUGUGCUGCGUAACCUGCCCCACCUGCAGAAGCUGGACAACCAAGCCGUGACGGAGGAAGAGCUGACCCGCGCUCUGCUGGAGGGAGAUGAGAUUACUGCUGCCCCGGGCAGGGAAGGCGCAGGCAAUGGCUGUCCCAAGCCCCCCUACACCCUCAGCUCUGUCAGCUCUGCCACUGAGACCAGCCAGAACCUGCUGUACACAGAGGAGACAGAAGUCCAGGGCCGGACUGCUGCAGACCAGUCUCCUUCCUUCUCACCAAGGGACACUAUGAAGAGUCACAAGAAUAGGAACAUCCUGACCGCCAUAUUACUGCUUCUUCGGGAGCUGGAUACGGAGGGGCUGGAGGCCGUCCAGCAGACUGUGGGCAGCCGGCUACAGGCACUGCACAGGCUAGAGCCCCAGGAGGACAUGGAGUGACUUCAUACGCCCAUGCAUCUGGACCUGUCCUGUUAUGUCCUGAGGAAAUACAGCUCUACCUGGAAAGCCUUCCUCCGUGUUCCCGACACCAAGCCAGUGCAGGCGCAGUGGCUGCCAGCUACGCAGACCCCUCUCCUGUGCUUAGGGCUGGCAGAGAUGCUGCCCGCCAGCAUGGUCCCUGGGACUUACCUGCUGAAGCCUUGAAGCUCUGGGCACUGUCUGACCCUUCCUCAAGGGAGGACUGAAGGAGCCAUACCCUCCUCCAAUAAAGCACUUUCUGUUUGGGCUGGAAGGUCUGGGACAGGAGUCUCAGGGCCUUGAUGUCGAGGGUCAUGUCGUUUCUCAGCCACUAGGGGGAGCCCUAGUACCCCUGUAUCAAGCCUAGCCUCGGAGAGGCCUGGACUAUCUUACAGGGCACUGUGUCCCAGGUGUCCUUAGACAUGGCCUGAGAGAUCGGAUUUUUUUUUUUUUUUCAGGACAAGGCUGGGCAGGACACUGUCCUUUUCUCUCUUCUUCAGGAGAGGGAUGUCACCUAGGUAGAGUGACCGUUGGGGACAGCCAGGAUCGCUCAGCAUUGUGAAGCGCCAGAUCCAUCAAUAAAGUUGCCUUUGUUAGAGCGGUUGGGGGAGGCCCCGUAGCUUACCCAGGCAGGGCCACCUUAGUGCCCUGGGGUGACCUUACACCUGCCACAAGAGAAUGAACCAAGAAAGGCAUCAAGAUAAGCAUACGCAAGACAAUCUGAGCAAAAAAUGUCUAGAAGGGCCAAGGGACAGGUAGACCAUGUCCAGGAAGCCUGCCGCAUACAAUAGCUGGCUCUGUAGGUGACCUUAAUGCUGAAGGUUCAGGGCAGCUGGGCCCUGCUCCACCACUGGCCCACUUCCAAACUUGGGAGUACGUUCUCUCUUAAUAAACUGUUUCUACCAGC